ACGGGCCAGAUUUUCUGAGCCUGCUUCAUGCUCUCCAAAAAUACAGCUCAUGGGGUGGAUUGCAACACCCGCCCUCUCCUCUGCCAACCCCCAGCGCUGGAGCCUGUGUAUAAAUAGGGGGCAGCUGGCAGUUUGGAAGUUUAGGGAAGUUUCUCGGCUGGUCGAGGCGAGGUUUAUUUAAGCUUCUGUUUGGCCCGGGGUGCUUUUAAGCUGGAGCCAAACAGCAGCCUGGGGCUUUUUCGUUUGGGGCGCUGGAUCUGAAGCCAACAAGGAGCUGGUUUCGUUGGCUUGGUUUGGACUUACAAGAGCUUUUUAAAGGUUUGCGUUUUUUCAUUCAGCUUGGCAAGAAGAGGGGGGAACCACUGUGUUGUUUUUGCCCUGUGCAAGCGGGAGAAAAAGGCUGGGCUCAAACCAGGACUGCGGAGUUCAGCAUUUCUGCGUGCCCGUGCACCUGUUGGAAAACCUUUUCUGCUCUUCUUUCCUAGUUUUGCCCAGUGGUUCCCACUAGAAUGGCCGACAACCAGAUGCCUUUCUCUUGCUACCCCGGCCGGCAUCGGAAUCUCCGAGACCCAUUCAGGGAAUCCAGCUUGUCCUCUCGGCUUCUGGACGAUGAUUUUGGCAUGUCCCCCUUUUCCGGGGAUCUGACUGCCAACUGGCCUGACUGGGCCCGCACACCCCUCAGCGCGGGCUGGCCAAGUCCGCUGAGAUCAGGGAUGGUCCGGACCACCGGCCUUUCCCCUCCGGGGCAUGGCACUCGCUACAGCGGUUACCCCGAAGGGAGUCCCUUUGGGACCAGCCCGCCAUCCUUUUCCGGAGAGCCUUGGAAAGUGUGUGUCAACGUGCAAAGCUUUAAACCUGAAGAGCUGUCGGUCAAAACCAAGGACGGCUAUGUGGAAGUCUCAGGUAAACACGAAGAACAACAAGCAGAAGGUGGAAUAGUUUCCAAGAAUUUCACCAAGAAAAUCCAGCUUCCCCUUGAAGUGGAUCCCACCACGGUCUUUGCCUCCUUGUCUCCUGAAGGGCUGCUGAUCAUUGAGGCUCCACAGAUACCUCCAUACUGUCAGUACGGGGACAGCAGCUAUGGGAAUGAGAUAUCUCUGGACAGCCAAGAAGCCACCUGUGCGUGAAGCAGACCCUGCCCAAGGCUCUCCUCCCCACAAGGUCCUUCCAUCUCUUGACCCCCUGCAGCUGCAUUCGCUCAAAGCCCACUUGAUUGUACAUUUCCUGGUCAACCCUACUCUUGAAAGGACUUGUUGAGCUCCCAAGUUGGGCUUGGGGGCAAGGGAAGAGGGUAGGGUUAACCUGAUCUUUGAGGCUUUCAAAUCAGUGGCACAAAUUAUAGGCAUCACAUCAGCUAUCCCCUGUCUCCAGCAGGAGUGAUGUUGAGUCAGAAGGAUUCAGUCCAAGAAAUCUUCUCUGAUCCACCAAAUAGCAUAUUUGGUGGGGGAAAGGCCCUCUGGAAGAUUUUGAGGAAGUUAAGUGUUGAAGCCAAAAUUGGUUGUUUAGAUCUUUCAGGAAAAAAUCUUAGAGCUGAAGCAAAUCCAGAAGAGAGAAAACCCUUGGCAAUGUGGCUUCCAGAGGAAAUCACUCCUAUGUAAAGUCAGCAGCACUGCUGUUUAAAUUUCCCACAAUGCCUGGUGGCAGUACUGCACUGGGGCAUUGUGGGAAAUGAACAGGCUAGCCUUAAGAACUUUCCAGGCCAGUAGACUUCUUCAUUGUAUGAUGGAUCUACAGCAAUCUUUGGUCCUGCUGAGACGUAUUUAAGGACUCACUCACCAUCUAGUUUUCACUGAAUCAAUGCUCAGAACUGGUCAAUGUUCCCACAUCCCAUAAUUCUGAUCUAAAGCCCUUUGCUGGCUUGCUUCAUCAUCCCACCGGGAGAUAUCCCAGCCUUGAAGCAAGGAAGUCAUCUUGCCCAAACGUGCUCAGAUCUUAAGAGAUUGUCUUGAGUUAUUUGGAGAUAUCGUGGAGGUCUCGUGAAAUGUUUGGCCUUUUCAAAUGCAGAGAUGGAGUGGUGGGGCCAAGAAAGCUUGUCAGCCCUAGUUGAGGUCUUACCUCCUAGGUGAACACACUCUGUCACCUGAUUCAUAGCACAAAUUUGUACCAAAAAUUUGGGGGAUGUGGCAUAUUUGAUCCUAUCUCUGUGAAAAAAAGUAGCGGUGGCCCAGCUUGGAAGGUCUUGUCCAAGAACAUUUGGAGGACCAUUUUGGUGAGACAAUCAACACAUUUCGCUUCUCCAAGUUGACCCAAUGCUGGAAAAAAAAAAUCCCUGCCCCUCCCUCUCUCUCGCUGAACAUUUAGCAAUGUGUGGCUAUUACUCUCCAAGUUCUACAUCAUGGGCUGCUGGAGUCUCACCUAAGUGCUUGAAGUCCUACUACUGAUUUUGCACUAACAUAGUUUAUCUGAGUUGCUAUAAUCCAUCCAAGUUUACAACUUUCCAGAGCACUGACUUAGGGUGUGCUGAAGAAGAUUUUUUUUAAAAAAUGUUCUCAGCACUCUUUGUUCUUUUCUAGCUGGCUUGUCUUCACCACAAAACAGCCUCUCCUACCCUCAAGGGCUGAUCUGACGUCAGGACAGGGCAGUGCCAAACUCAUCCCAAAACUGAGAAGGUAACUGCUGCACUGCCUUCUCCUUCUUUCAUAAACGCUCCCUGCAACGUGACGCCCAAAUCUGCUCACUGGUUUCCUGGAAGUCUUACAUGCUGUACUUUUGCUUUUCUGCAUACUGUAUCGAAUGUAGCAACCAAUUGUCCUUAAUAAACACUGGGGUAUAUGUGAGAUA